CAGCAGCAGCAGCAGCCCUGUCAAAUCACAACGGCGGUGACGCACAGGCAGAGGACUUCACAUAAAACCCUGCGAGGACUUUUUAACGCUCAUUUUAACGUCUAAAAGUCACGGUAUUCGCUGUAAACCGGCGCGGAACUACGUAAAGGUCGACAUUUUGAUACUUUGUGAUUGUUUACAAACGUCUGCGGGACGUUUUGAGUAGAAAAAUAUCAACCAAAAAAAGUCGUUUGUGUUUUUUUUUUUUCUUCUUUCUUUUCAAGCUAAGAGGCGCACGAGACCAGCCGAGGACUAACGUUAAGGUCAUUUUUUUUUUUUAACAUUACUUUUUUUUCGAGGGAUGAAGCUUUUUAAACACGUUUGGACCCGUUAACGUGUACAUACAUACAUAUAUACAUUUUUAAUUUUUUUUUACACUUCACGGUCUGCUCUGAAUACAACAUGCUGACGAACACGGCGCUUUACGCGGCGAAGAAACGGAAGAAGCCGGUUCAGAAAAUCCCCAAACCACCACCUCCCGAUGGCACCAAGUCCAACCCCUCCAAACGCCACAGAGACCGGCUCAACGGUGAGCUGGACAAGCUCACCAGCCUGCUGCCCUUCACAGAGGAAGUCAGGGCUCGGCUGGAUAAGCUGUCCGUGCUCCGCCUCAGCGUCGGGUACCUGAAGGUGAAGAGCUUCUUCAACGCCACCAUGAAGAAAGGCCAGAACGGCACCAGCUGGACCAGCGAGCGGAGCCUGAUGUACGGGGGAAAUGGCCCAAGCGUGCUGCCUUCGUCCUCCACAGCCUCCGCUACCGCUGGCGCUCCUCAAGUGACCUCCAUCGACGGAGUCAGCUUCUCUGAGGGACUCCUGUUGCUUCAGGCGCUGAACGGUUUUGUGUUGGUGGUGACAGCUGAAGGCUACGUCUUCUACACAUCCCCCACUAUCCAGGACUUCCUCGGCUUCCACCAGUCGGAUGUCGUCCAUCAGAGCGUGUUCGAGCUGAUCCACACAGACGACCGAGCUCUGUUCAGACAGCAGCUUCACUUUGCUUUCACCCCAAAUCACAGGCAGCAAGACAGCACAGAGAGUCCCAGUGAGCAGAACUCCGCAGAGGUCAGCAGCAACUUGAUGACAUACGACCCACAGACCGUCCCCCCAGAAAACUCGUCCUUCCUGGAGAGAAACUUCUGCUGUCGUUUCCGCUGCCUGCUCGACAACUCAUCCGGCUUCCUGGCCCUGAACUUCCGUGGCCGCCUGAAAUUCAUCCACGGUCAGAACCGCGUGUCUGAGGACGGGACGUUGAUUCCCCCACAGCUCGCUCUGUUCGCCAUUGCCACACCGAUGCAGCCGCCAUCCAUCGUGGAGAUCCGCACCAAGACGCUCAUCUUCCAGACCAAACACAAGCUGGACUUCACGCCUACUGGCGUCGAUGCGCGAGGGAAGGUGGUUCUGGGUUACAGUGAAAUAGAGCUCUGUAUGAAAGGUUCAGGCUACAACUUCAUCCAUGCUGCAGACAUGAUGUACUGCGCUGACCAGCACCUCAAAAUGAUAAAAACAGGAGAAACUGGUUUCACCGUCUUCAGGCUUCUGACCAAAACAGGGAAGUGGGUCUGGGUCCAGUCCAACGCCAGGUUGGUCUUUAAAGGAGGGAAACCAGACUUCAUCGUGGCCCGGCAGAAAGCUUUGACAAAUGAAGAAGGGGAAGAACAGCUGCGCUUACGUCAGCUGCAGUUGCCAUUUAACUUUGCCACCGGAGAGGCGUUGCUGUACGACAUUACCCCAACUGUCGAGCCUCCCAACAUGUGUUCUUCCCCCAAGCAGAGGAAGCUGGACAGCUACUCUAUCAGCCCCAACUCCAUCCUGGGCUGCAUGCUGAAUCAGGACCAGUCACUCUACUGUGAACACAACAAUGCCAACACCCUCAACUCCUUCAAUGAUGACGCCUUCAAGGACAGCCACGCGACAGUCAGUGUUCCUGGAGAUAUUUGGAUGGAACCUAAAACCAAACCUGUUGUGGGAAGCCUGGUGAAGUCUGAGGCUACAGUUCAGGAUAUGAUGGAAACCCUGCAGCAGAUCCUCGGAGACAGCAACAUCGUAAACACCCUGGAUGUGGGGCUUGAUGAGCUGAAAAGCUGGGAGAGUACCCUACUGAAGAUGAGCACCAGCAGCUGCGAGAUUACCGAAGACCUGAACGAUAUCCUCAGCAAUGACAUCCUGUCUUACGUUGAGGAGCAGCUCCAGAGGGAGGGCGGGCUGAAGUUGCCAGAUGAACUGGAUGGUAUACCACCGCUCUCCAAUUUGGACCUUCAAAACCACAAUCCUGACCUGAGUGAGAUUGAGGAGCAGGACUUCGGCUGGCCUUUGGAGCCCCAGAUACCAAACGGAGGGCAGAUGAUAGCAAGACAACCGACUCCAGGCCUGGGGACGACGAAACUGACCCACAUGGCUCUUCCUCAGUUCGACUCUUCUGGUUUAAAUGGUCCAAGUCUUCAGCAGAUUGCCACACAGCAAACACUCACAACUUCUGCUGGUCUUCAACUGGGCAACAUGGCCAACCUUGGCACACCAGUUAACUUUAACCCCUUGGCCGACUCUUGCAUUCAAACACAGAACCAACUGAGAACCCUACAAGUGACCACCAAGGACAAGAACCUCGAAGCAUUCUCGCUCAGGCAAAAUUCAGCCAAUCAGGUUCACUCCAACCAAAUGGCCCAACCAAUGCAGAACCACCUUCAGAUGAGGACACCAAACCCACCAAUCGGCCUCCAGAACCAAAGUGCAAAUCCUGUGUUCAACUUUCAGGGCAACCAAUGGAACUCCACUGUGCCCAACCCCAACCAAGCUGAUAACUUUGUAGAAACAUAUGCCCAAAAUAUUUCAAAUGAACCAGGUUUUGCUGCAGAUCCUUCCAAGUCUAGCUGCCUACAGGGUCGCUUUGCUCUCCAGACACAAAACAACGAGAAUCAGAGGCCAUCUUGGCCACUGGAGCAGCAGCAGCAGCAGCCACAACAGCUGGUCUCAAGUGGACACCAAUUAACAGGCGCCUGCCUCAACCAAAUGUCAGGAUUUCAGGGGAAUCCUCUUCCUGGAGUCAUUGCAGCACAGAAGGCUGUCAACGGCUGUCCGAUUUUCAGGGCUCCAGAGACUUCAAAUGUAACAUAUCCUGUUCAGCAGAACAUGGGGCCGCAACCGCUAGCACCUUCUAGCAGUUGUAUGUUUAGAAAUGCCUCGCCGUCUGUGCCUGUAAACAGUGUGCACCUCACUCAGACGCCCUCCUGCCAUAGACUGAAGCCUGGUAACAGUCAGACUCCCUCCAAGCCCUCUUGUUUCUAUCAGAGUCUUCCCGGAGGCGGAUCUGUGCCGGAGAUGACAGUGAUCCCGAAUCCUAAUGAGGCGGUGCUGUCCUGCCAGAUAACCACUGGUCUCGACCCAGAAGCCUUAUUGGUGCAACAGCAGCAGUACCUAAACUUCAGUGAACAGACACAGAUCAACAACUGUCCAGUCGUCAGGAACGGAGGUUUCCCCUUCUCGCUGCCCAAUGGGAACGCAUACUACUCAGAGAACAAAUAGGAAUCAGCCGCUGUGACUUCGGGACGGCAGAGGACCCCUAACUCGGACUGAAAGGUAGUUUAAAGGAAGCAAAAGACUCCUGUCUCUAAACAUGAAUACGGAGUAAGACUGAAUAACGGAAACGUGCCCGAGAAGAACGAGGAGACAGCCCAGGACGCCUCUCCUUCUCUUUGUUUAUUUCUUAUUCGGAAACAGUGAUGAACGCUUUAAGUGAGUCAGUUAUGGAAGAGGAGAAGAAAAAGAAUCCGUUUGGAGUUUGAUUUGUUUUUGUCAAGGAGAAAGUGUGAAUCCCCUCUUUGGAGCUGGUUGGAUUGUACCAAAAAAAAAAAAAAAGAUAACGGAUGACCUAAAUCAGCGGUUUGUUUUGUGCGUUCAUGAUCAAGUUUAACUCGAAUACAAGUAAGUCUGGCAAACCGUUUUCUGGGUUUUUUUGUGAUGUUUUUUCUACCUUUGUCAGCCAUUCAUACAACAACACUGUCCCCUCUUUUUCCCAUGAUUGCAUAUACUGCGUCAGAUCUCCAAAAUGUCUUUUAUUUGUCUGUUUAUAAGCAGGAAUAUUUAGAUGUGAGACUUCAGACGAUCUCAUCUACUUUAUGAGAGACAGGCCUGGAUGCUUUCUGUGUGUGCUGCUGACUUUUCAGUCCUCAUCCUUCUUGUAAAACCAACAGAAAACUUGUCCAAGUACGAUUU